UGUGUGUAACCUGAUAGAGGAAAGCUGUAGAGGUCUGUUCUCAGUUCUUACUUCAAACUCCUCAUCACACCUGAGAGAACUGGAUCUGUACGGUAAUAAUCCAGGAGAAUCAGGAGUGAAGCUCCUUAGUGACCUACUUAAGGAUCCACACUGUACACUGGAGAAACUAGAGGAGCCGCAGCAGAGGGAUGAAAGAGCCACUUGCGGGUUGCCGACCCCUGCCCUAGCCCUAAUCAUACCUUCAGUAGCCAAAAGGAAAUAUUUGGUCCAUUUAAAUCUUAUUUAUUUAGCUAUUUAUUUAUUUUAAGUAAGGGUGUUCAACCCUGUUAUUCUGAGGAUAUCUGAUCGUUUUGGUCCUCAAAAUUUUUGUACAAUUUUUGUACUAUUCUAUUAAAUAUUUGGCAUUGUGUUGUGAUGCUAUUUGUGUGUUUAAUGACUCUAAUGACUGUCAGUGUUUGACAUCAUUCUGUCAUAUUCUCUGUCUUUAAGGAUCUGAAUUAUUCCCAUUCAGAUGUAGAAGAGAACAGAAGACACUAAACUGAUUACUUCUCAGUAAUCUUUUCUCCACUCAGCUCCACUUUACUUCAGACUGUCAUUAGACUGUAUACAGUGUGGAAGGAAAGUUGUUAUAAUGUCUGUAAUCAGUAUAAUCAGUGAACACAGGCGUAGUGAUCUCUGUAAAUAAAACAGACAGCUGUGCUACAUGUAUAUCCUCAUAUCUUCAUAAGCUGUUUGUCAGCUCAUGUAAAAAACGCUAUUAAUUUUUAAAAUGUCUGUUUCAUUAUGGGGGGCACGGUGGCUUAGUGGUUAGCACGUUCGCCUCACACCUCCGGGUUGGGGUUCGAUUCCCGCCUCCACCUUGUGUGUGUGGAGUUUGCAUGUUCUCCCCGUGCCUCGGGGGUUUCCUCCGGGUACUCCGGUUUCCUCCCCCGGUCCAAAGACAUGCAUGGUAGGUUGAUUGGCAUCUCUGGAAAAUUGUCCGUAGUGUGUGAUUGCGUGAGUGAAUGAGUGUGUGUGUGCCCUGCGAUGGGUUGGCACUCCGUCCAGGGUGUAUCCUGCCUUGAUGCCCGAUGAUGCCUGAGAUAGGCACAGGCUCCCCGUGACCCGAGGUAGUUCGGAUAAGCGGUAGAAGAUGAGUGAGUGAGAGUGAGUGUUUCAUUAUUACUCUGAAAUGCAUGUCUUAUUUUAGCACUGUUCUUAAACUUGCCACUCUCUGUGUUUUUUUUCCAACAUAAUUAAAAUAAAAUAAUUUUAUUAUUAAAAUAAUAGGAACAGGGAACAUGUUACACAUGCAGGGUUGGGCCGACAAACGGGUAGCCAAUGAGCAGAAAGUGGCGUGUCUUGUCAAUAUGCGGCGAAGAGUGUUCAGUGCGCAUGUGUGACAUUUGCAGAAAGCAAUUGAAUGUAUAUGUGUGGGGCGGAGCUAUCAAUACAGGGAUGGGACCCAUUUGGGUUAGGGGCGUGUUUGUUUUGUUUUGGUGAUUUCAAAUAUCAACACUGGCUUUCAAACAUUGUACACCCCACCUUUAAGGGCGUCUGCCAAAUGCUGGAAAUGUAAAUGAAAAAAAAAAAGUCAAUCGCUGACGCGUUUCUUUCGUGCUGAACUUUAGUGAUGAUCCCUAAGUUUUCAGUGAGAAAAUGUUUUCCUCCCUUCCUCCCUGGUUGAAACGGGUGGAGUUUUAGUCCCAGUAAAAAUCCCUAAUGAAAUGAACUAAAGAUUCUCAAUUCUAGUGUUUAUAUAUUCAAUAAUUCGAAUUAGAACAAAUAAUAAUUUACAGUAUAUGUGAUGUCACAUUACAUGAUAAUACAUCAUAACUACUGAGAAUCAGAAUCAUGUAUAAUCAUGUAAUGUGACGUCACAUAUGAAUAAUGACAACAUUAUUCAUGUGACGUCACAGGCGCGUCGUUAUUAUUUGUUCUAAUUCGAAUAAUUUAAUAAUAUUUAUUAUAUUCACCAUUUUUUUAAAAUAACUUGUAUGAUUCACUUGGAAAAAAAAUCCUCACAAAGAUUUAGACUAAUUUUUGAGCAAAUGUUAAUGCUGUAAUAUUAGUAACCAGUAACAAUUUUUUUGCAGCAUCUCCUCCACCUCCUCCACCUCCAAUCAGAAUCACAAUCCCUGCAUCACCAUCUAGUGGUCAAAGCGCAGAACUGUAAACGAAAGAGCUCUCUUACACACACACACACACACACACGUUUGUGUAUUUCUGUGGAUUCAAUGAGCCAUUUUCUGUUUGAUUUCUGCCAUAAAUUAAUGGAGAAGUUGUGAAGUGUAGCUUACAUUUACUUUUCCAGCAUUUGGCAGAAGCCCUUAUCCAGAGCAACUUACAUUAUCUUAUUUUAUAUACAACUGAGGGCUAAGGGCCUUGCUCAGGGGCCCAAAGGUGGCAGCUUGGUGGACCUGGGAUUGAACUCAACACCUUAACCAUUAGGCUACAGUACCACAUGCCCGUGCCAUGAGCUAUGAGAUGUUUUUGUAUGUUAAUAUGGUUUUAUUUCUUUAUAUACUGAAGCUCACAUCAGAGCAAAUUUCAUUGACUGAAUAAGAACUAAAUACACACUUGAGAGAUCAGCAAUAACUCUAAGAUUUGUGUGUGGUGUUUCAGACCCCAGUGGUGUAAAGAUGAUUCACUCUGAUACUGAUCUGAUCUACAACACACUCCUAUGUAUAUUUAUUUGUAUUUUGUGAAACUUUCACAUAUGAUUAAAAACAGUAACUGUUCUGAGAUCAGCUCAGUGUGGAGCAGAGACACAGCUGCUAUUUAUAACAGCAGUGUAACAUGAUUCUAGACAUGUGUUUCUAUCUGUCAGAGCCACACACACACACACACUAACUAAAGAACACAUGUUCUCCUCAGAGCUCAGUGUAGGUUUGCUUUGGACUCACACUCGGCACUUUACUUUCCUUCAUUCUUUGUUAGUGGAGACUUUUCCUCUGUUCUUUUUGGAAUCUUGAUUUCUCUCUCUCUGAGUUUGUGGACAGUUUCUGUCUCUCUGGUCUUGUCGUCUCCCUUUAGAGAACUUUUCCCCACUUUUCUGUCUGUCUCUCCUGUGAGGUGUCUCUCCUCCUGGCUAUGCACCAUGUUGUCCUCUCCUGCGGUCAUCCUGCAGCCGUACGGUCUGCCUGUCUACCCACAGACCUCCUGCUACCCCAGCCUAGUGCAGGGCGGUCCUGCUCAGGAGGCGGGGCCAGGCAGCAAUGACCCCGCCCUUACCCAGGUCUAUGCCGCACCCCCUUCAUAUCCACCACCGGGACAAGCCCCACCCACACCUACAGCCAGACUCCCGCCUCUUGACUUCAGCUCCGCCCACUCCAGCUCUGAUUACCCAGACCACCAUCAGCUCCGGGUGUAUCAGAGCUCUCAGCAUGAGGGGGCGGAGACUAUACCUGUCAAUAACACGGAUGAAAGUCUGGCUCCUGUGACCUCCGACCCCCAGACUCUAAACGUCCCUGUGGCGGCAGGGGGUGGAGCAGGAAGUGGCAGCGAGGAGGACGGGUCUGGAAAAGCCCAGCCCAAACGCCUUCAUGUCUCCAAUAUUCCCUUCAGGUUCCGGGAUCCUGACCUGAGGCAGAUGUUCGGGCAAUUUGGCAAAAUCCUGGAUGUAGAGAUCAUCUUCAAUGAGAGAGGGUCAAAAGGUUUUGGCUUUGUGACUUUUGAGAACGCAUCAGAAGCCGAUCGAGCGCGAGAGAAACUCAACGGGACAAUCGUGGAGGGGAGAAAGAUCGAGGUGAACAAUGCCACAGCCAGGGUGGUAACGAAGAAACCACAGACUCCACUCGUUAACGCUGCAGGAUGGAAGAUUAAUCCUGUGAUGGGGGCCAUGUACGCUCCAGAACUCUACACUGUGGCCAGCUUUCCUUAUCCUGUUCCUACAGCAACGCUGGCUUACAGAGGCUCCACCCUGAGGGGGCGUGGACGUGCUGUGUAUAAUACCAUUCGCUCUGCAGCCACACCCACUGCUGUUCCCGCCUACCCAGGGGUGGUGUAUCAGGAUGGACUGUAUGGAACAGAAGUCUAUGGAGGAUAUCCUGCUGCAUACAGAGUGGCUCAAUCUCCUUCAGCAACAGCUACAGCUACGUACAGUGAUGGGUACGGGAGAGUGUAUACCACUGACCCCUAUCAUCACUCUGUAGGUCCGACCACUACAUAUGGAGUCAGCACUAUGGCGAGUCUGUACCGAGGAGGCUACAACCGCUUCACCCCAUACUGACCCCCUGCUGACCUCACAUUGACCUCCUGCCCCCCACUGCUCCCCUACAUGAUAACCUGGGAGGAACUUUAAUCAGCCAAUGAACUGAUGAGCCUGGGAGAAACCACGCCUUCACUGACCUCAUACGUGGUGCUCACAACGCUCACAGUACUGAAGGAGAUGAUUUACAUAGUGCUAGCUGUUUAGACUCACUGUUAUUAUUAUGACUACUUUUUGUACCAUUAGCAACGCCAGCCUGAUGCUAACAUGCUAAUUACCCCGCCUGGCUCUGUGGUACAGAGCGGCUGUUACCUGAGUGUGAUCAGGAAAGUGUGUGUGUGAUUACGAUAUGCUGUUAGCGGGUACGUGCUGACAAACGUUUCUACUGUAUUACUGCACUAAUCACAGCAUUCGUCUUUAUCUGGUUGAGGAACAGAAUUACGGCACGGCCAUCUCAGCUAACAUAAAGCUAAUGCAAGGAUCAUACAGUGAUCCUCAUCUGUGACAGAUAGAAGUCCAUGGAUCAAAGGGCAGAGUAAAAACUAAAAGUUGAAUCAGCCAAGCAAACGUUUUCACAUGACAUUAGCAAAGCAGUCUGUGUAAUGCUAACUAUGUAAGUGAAAUCGUCUGCUGACAGAAAAACGCUAGCAUUAGCAUGUUAGCAGGCCAAUCAGGUGUGAUUAGCCAGUUGAGUUUAAGUUAAGCUCCGCCUCAGCAAUAUUGUGCCCUGAAUGUUGCAGUGUAUCGUGGAAGUUUACCUGCACGUACCCAGAGCUUAGAGAACAUUUGAACUAUUUUUGUAGGUUAUUGUAAUAUUGAUGUGCAGUGCAGUGUGUGUGUGUGUGUGUGUGUGACAGUACAGUGUUAAACUGUGAGCUUCACUGAAGUGUGUACAGGUUCAGGUGACUCAGUUGUUUCUCCUCCUCACCGUGUGUGUGUGUGUGUGUGUGUGUGUGUGUGUGUGUGACAGUACAGUGUUAAACUGUGAGCUUCACUGAAGUGUGUACAGGUUCAGGUGACUCAGUUGUUUCUCCUCCUCACCGUGUGUGUGUGUGUGUGUGCGUGUGUGCGCGUGCUCUACCUCACAGGAGAUGAUAUUGAUAUCAUGAGGCACGUUUACUGUGAAAGUAUCAUAUCAUUAGAUUAUCACAAUCACUGCUCAUGGUAUAGAGAAACACGACUACACACACCCACACACACUCAGGGAAUUAGUGCACUUUUAACUGGGUUUCAGUCUCAGAUUUUUCAUAACAUCAUAAACUACUGAAGGACUUUUGUAUAAAAACAUUAAUGACCCCGCCCUUCUGAAGGCCACGCCCAUUUACAGUGCAUCCUGAUAAUGGCCCCUCUCCUUUGAGCACAAUGUUAGUUGAUUUUGGUUAAAACAAAAAAAAAAGAAAGAAAAAUAAAUAAAAUCAGUUACAGCUCUGUAGAACAUUAAACUCACAUGCUAAUCAAUCCCAUGAUGCACUGCAGCACCAUCUCUGUAAGCAUAUUAUUAUUAUUAUUAUUAUUAUUUACAUAUAGUGUAGAUUAUUACUUUAAAGAUUCUAAAACAGCAUAAAGUGUGUGUAUGUCUGUGUAUGUGACCUUUGAAAUGUAAUUUCUAGUGUAUUUUUCAUCCUGUCUGUCUCCUGCUUUUGUGUCUCUUUUUUAUGCCACUUUAUCCUCACUUCCUUUUUGCGCUGAAAGUUUCCUUUUUCAUUUCAUUAUUCAGACUCUUUUAUUUAUUUCACCGUUUCAUUAUAUAUAUUUAUCUAUCUCUCCAUCCUGUUUGUUUGAGCUUUUCCUUCUGUUUCAAUCUGCCUGUUUUUCAUUUUUCAUUCUCUUUGUAUUCUGUUCGUUUUUCUUUCUCUCUUCUGAUCUCUCCUUCACUCGCUCCACACUUCUUCUGUUCUUCUGUUUCCUGCUUUCUUUUUUCUUUGCAUGAUGUUUGAGCUGUCCUUCUAUCUGUCCUGCUCUAUUUCUUCUACUUAUUUCUUCCAUAUAAUUUUCUUGCCUUUUACGCAUUCUUUAUUCCACUUCUUCACUGUGUUUAUUUCCCAGCAUGCACUGCGGUCUCCAGCAGCUUCCCCUUUAUAAUCUGAUGCAUGUUUUCUUCUUUUUCUUCUGUUUCUAAACUCAACUUUCGAUUCAUCUUUUCUCUCUGCUCACUUUGUCCUUUCAGUUAUUUCUCCUUAUUCUCUUUUCACCCUUACAGUAUAUCUUUCUCUCUCUAUUUUUUCUCUCUUUCUCUCUCACACACAUUCCUGUUUCAAUCUCCAUUUUAUCUUUUCUUUCUCUUUCCAUCUUUCUGUUUAAACUUACAGAACUUUCACUCUUUUACUAUCUUUAGCUUUUUAUCCUUCUUUUGUUUCUCUUUGCAACACAAAACUGUCAUUAUCUCUCUCUCUCUCUCUCUCUCUCUCUCUCUCUCUCUCUCUCUCUCUCUCUCUCUCCUGUACUUCUACUCUUCCGCCUAUUCUCUCAUCCUUUCCUGUGUCUGACUCUCCUGUCUUUUUCUUUUCACUCCUCUCAGGUCUGUUUUCUUUUUGCAUGUGUUGAUCUGUUCAUCCUUUUUCCUUCCUUGUGUUAUUCUGCUUUAGAAAAUACGUCUUUUCUGUCGUUUUUCUUCUUUGACCUGAAAUCUUCUUCUUUUUUUCUCACACGUCUCUCUCCAUCUCUUCUCCUUCCCCUUCUGGUUAAUCACUUCUAUCUCUGCUGUUCUUUUUUUUAAAAAUCUAUUUAAGGUCCUGCUGCUGUUGUACCUGAGUCACCUGUGUGUGUGUGUGUGUGUUUGUUUGUGUGUGUGUGUGUUAUAUGAAUAAAGAGAUGGUUUAUUCUUCCUGUA